AUGGUUACUAUGGGACCACCCCGGGGUCUAAGCCCCGGUGACAUGCUGGAAGUCAUUCAUGGCUUCAAUGGACGUGGGGAGGAUGAACUGGUGAUGGCACCACGUGAUCAGAUUCGAUUGGUCGAGUUGGAUGAUGAGUUUGGCGAUGCCUGGUACUUGGGCGAAAACUUGCGCACCGGGAAAACAGGCCUCUUUCCAGCCAACUUCACCAAAGCUUCCACGUCCAAGAAGAGCUUGGCCGAGUCACCCGUGCUGCUGGAAUCGCCGACGCAAUUGGAAUCCGUGAGCUCCUCAGAUUCAGCAUUUGCUUCAAUUGGCAGUGGCCAGUCCACUCCUCAGGCCUCGCGCCAUGUCAGCAUCACCAACAUGCAAUCGCCGCAACUCGAUUCUCCCACGCAGCAGCGAUCAGCAUCAUCUCCGCUACCUCGGCCCAGCCUGGCCGCGGACAUUCAGCAAGCGUUCCGCAGCCCUAUCGAUAAUCACAUGAAUGGGGAAGAAAGCCCAGUGAUGAAUGAGACAUUGAGCGUCAUCGAUGAACACAUUACGGAUAUGAAUACUCCGCGCCAUAGCGUGUCGACACAAGACCACAAAACUAUCAAUGAUUCAGGUAGCGAGUACAGCAGUCAUCUUGAUCAUCGGGCGUCUUAUAUCAAUGGACAUGAGACUGAUGAUGAGGAGAGGAACCUGCCCAGUGAGACACAAGUGCGGAAAUGGGGUCAGGCAGAGACCGCGCGGCACUUGCGUGCGCUCGGCAUUGAUUCAAACCAUUGUGACAUCUUUGAGGAGCAGGAAAUCACCGGAGAUGUUCUUUUGGACAUGGAUCAGGACUUCAUUUUUAUGAAGGAAUUUGACUUUGGCGUCAUGGGCAAGCGCCUGAAAACAUGGCACAAGAUCAAAGUCUUCCAAGAGGACAUUAAGGGUUUGAGUCAACAGCAAGGCCAAAGAGGUUCUGUCUCGAGCGCCUCAGGCCCUCCGGAUGAGCGCACAUUGUCUCGUGCGGGACAUACUGGCCCACUUCUUCCGCGGAUUCCGACACUCUCAGAAAAGCAUGGCGCAGGGUAUCAACAUCCCCGGGUCUCUGCUCCGGCACAGCACCCACGACUGACGGGCAACAAUAGCUCGCCAAUAACUCCUCCUUAUAGUCAUGAUUCCCCGAGGAGGAUUUCUGCGGCAUCAAUCCGUGAACUCAAUCAUACGCGUCGUCAUUCGUCCAUUGAUGCCACCCAGCGUGGCAUGCCCGAUGGCCAUCAUCAAAAGAAGCCAUCGUUUGACCGUUCUUGGACGCUCAACUCUGGUCCACAAACAUUACCCGCUCGCCCAGGAACAGCUUUGGGCACUUCAGGCUUCCGAGGACCGAUGACCGCUGACUCAGGCUCGUUCACCAAUUCUUACGCCACCACUCCUGAUCAGGUGGAUGACUUGGAUCGAGGUUACUUCUCAGGGACGGAGGUUGACAGUCGCCGAAAUCGUCGCGUUCUUCAGAAACGCAGUUCUGCCACUGGUAGCAUGAACCAUUCACGGAAGUCCAGCUAUGCUGAUGAACCGUAUCGGGUCAAAACCGCCGGGAAGCGCCACUCUCGCGUUGGUAGUGCUGACUCAAUCCGUGACGCCUCAAAGCAUGUUUCCACUGCUGCUCAGGCUUAUCAUGGGACGCCACCAAAGAGUCGAUUGCGAAGCUUGAGCACUCGUAUGUCAGGAAGUGGAGCCGGCGCUCAGUCUCCAGUGGCCGAAAGCAAGACAGGCGGCUUCUUUUCCAACUUUGCUCCCCUUGCCCCUCGAGCCAAGACCGAUUCGGAUGGAAGUGCUCGUUCCUCUUCCUCGCAGUUCCAGCCAUUGAAGAAUGCGGGCCCGAAAUUCCGGCGAGCAAUGGGUCUCCGUGCUAUCUCCGAUGUUGUUGGAAAGAAGCUCGACACCUCUGCGCCUGUCUCGCCGCGCGAUUACGAUCCCACUUCCGCCCGCACCGGAUCCACAACUCCAUCAGCGACGUCGAAGAGCUCGGAACGGCAUAGCACAGAUGGGUCUGGCAAGGCGACUGACCCCAACGGAUUCCAAAUCCGUCCUCGGACCGUCAAGUCCAAGAAAGAGACCAGCGCCUAUACUCGUGGUCUUGAGAAGAAGACCCCAGGCGAGCAGAUGGAUGGCUGCGAAUACAGCGGAUGGAUGAAGAAGCGAUCCUCCAACUUGAUGACGACUUGGAAACCCCGUCUGUUUGUUCUCCGUGGUCGUCGCCUGUCCUACUAUUACUCCGAGGACGAUACCGAGGAAAGAGGCUUGAUUGAUAUCACCGCCCACCGCGUCCUUCGGGCGGAUCAAGACCCUAUAAUCGCCCUGCAUGCAACUAUCACCGGCUCAACCGCACUGCCUGCCAACGCCAAUGCCAGUCACACCGCUGAAGACGGCACUACUGGCACUAAGCUCAUUUCCCCCUCUGCAAUUCAAUCUCUCACCAGCAAGGACAGCAGUGGUCCGUUCUUCUUCAAACUCGUUCCUCCCAAGACAAACAACUCUCGUACCGUGCAAUUCACCAAGCCCGCCACCCAUUAUUUCCAAGUGGACAACGUUCAACAAGGUCGCUUGUGGAUGGCAGCCUUGAUGAAAGCAACAAUCGAGCGCGAUCUGGGUCAAGCCGUGGAAAGCACCAACAAGCAAAAGACUAUCAGUCUCAAACAAGCGCAGGCCAUGAACCAGCGACCGCCAGAGCUGAUGUCUGCUUCCAAGCCCAAGGCAGAGCAAACAAUUAACGAGGAAGAGGAAGAAAAUGGUCUACAGAUUGAUGGCCUCAAUCUGUCCAACGCGCAGUCCUCGGGUACCAACUCUUUUGAUGACGCUAAGAUCAGUCCAGGCGAGCCUGAAAAGAAUGGCAUUGAUACCCCGACAUUGGAUGGUUUUGAAGCAUUGGGCUCUCCGUUGUUCCCUGAUCCGUUGGCCAAGACUGAAUCCAAGUGA